GUGACAAGCUUGCCCGUCUAUUUACUUCUAAAAUUCAAUUCCAAAAGGGAGUUUCUUUCAGAACAUAAAAAUCAAAAUGAGUUUGAAAAAGAAAGUGUGCGGUCUAUGGUGCAAGCACAAGCCUUCGGAAAACCAAAAAGCAUUGGCCUUAGCCUUUGUGCCAUCAGCUGCCACCUUUGGACUGGCUGCAGCCUUGGCUGUUGUUUACUAUACCGAUUGGAAAGUAAUUGCCGGAUGGAUUCCCCUAUAUAACACCAAGUUUCCCAAACCCGAAGAUCCGAAGAAAAAGAAGAAAUAGGAGAUGAGUGCUGCCGCUUCACUUAUUUUUAGUCUCUGUGGUUGAACAAAAUCAGACUUUUGAAGAUCGUGCCUUUCCCUCGGAAAUAAUUCAAAUAAACGCUUUUACUGGCAUUCAA